AAGGUGGUGAUGGUGAAACCAAGUAGUAAGUCCAGUUCUGACCAUGGUCACUCUGGUGGUUGUUGUGGUGAUAAGAAGCAAGAGAAUGUAAAGGUGGUUGUGAAAGAUAGCUGUUGCGCUGAGAAGACUAAUAAACCAGUUGGAGAUAUGGCUUCAUCGAGCUCAUGCAAGAAGUCUACUCAUGUCAACCACGACAUGAAACUGAAAGGUGGAUCAGGUUGUUGUACUAAGGAUAAAGAGAAAGCAGAGAAGAAUGUAGACAUGCAGAUUCUUGGGGAUGAGUUAUUUGAUUUGGAGAAAGGUCUGCAGAAGAAGGCUGGUGAAACUUGCAAGACAAGCUGUUGUGGAACUAAAGAGAAGGCUAAGGAAACGUCUUCUCUGGAGAAGGAUGUGCUGAUUAAGGAGACAGUGAAACAAACCGAGGAGAUAACUCUGGCUUCUGAGGAAGAGACAGGUAGUCUUGAUUGCUGGUUGGAUAGCUGCGACAACAAGACCACAGUGAAGCAAAGCUGCCAUGAGGAGACAAGUCUAGACAUUGAAGCUGGUGUAAGUUGUGAUCUCAAGCUGGCUUGUUGUGGUAGCAUAGAAGGAGGAGAAGUGAAAGAGAAACUUGAUCUUGAGAUAAAAAGUGAAGGACAAUGUAAGUCUGUUUGUUGUGGUGAUGAAAAGCAAACCGGAGAGAUAACUCUGGCAUGUGAGGAAGAGACAGACGGUUCUAAUUUCUCCUCAGGAUGUUGCGGAAACAAGGAGAAAGUGGAACAAAUCUGCCAUCAGAAGGAUUGUCUGGAGACUGAUCUCAAGUUGGUUUGUUGUGGAGACACAGAAGGAGAAGUGAGAGAGGCAUUUGAUCUUGAGAAGGGCAAAGGAGAAUGCUGUGGCAAAGAAGUAACACAAAUCUGUAGUGAGAAGCCUGUUAGCAAAUCCCCUUGCUGUGGAACUGGUUUGAAGCAAGAAGGGUCGUCUAGUUCGGUGAAUGUGGUGGAGAGUGGUAGCAAAGAGCGAGAGAUGGUGAAGGUUUCUAGCCAAAGCUGUUGCACGAGUCCUAAUGAUCUGGUGUUGCAAGUGAAGAAGGUAGAGAGUUGUUGCAAAGUGAAGACUCCAGAGGCUUGUGGAUCUAAAUGUAAGGUAAAAGAUAAGCGUCACAUUGGUAAAAGCUGUUGCAGGAGUUAUGCCAAGGCAUAUUGUACUCACAGGCAUCAUCACCACCACCAUGGCCACCACCAUCACCACCAUGUGGGGGCUGCUUGAUGGAGACUGUGAUUGAAUAGCUUUGAAUCUCAGACGCAUCCAUCUAUUCACGUAACCUUUCCUCUUCAACUAGUGUGGUCGAAAAAAUAAAAACAUGUUUUUAUUGUUUUCAGCAAGGACUAGAUUUAGCAA